ACACGCACACGCACGCACACGCGCGUCCCCGGCCAUUGAAAACAAAGCGAGCUGCGCGGCUUCCAUUACACCCCUGCAGCUUGAGAAAAAAAAACAGUGAGCGACACGGAGGAAUAAAUAACAGAGAGGUGCACAUGGGAUUAAAACGACAAUAGGAAGGUACGAGCCCCGAGCGAGCCCUGCUUGGAGGCGAAGAGACGACAGGAAGCCCAGAGUUUUCAUUAAAAGGUGUUUUUUUGGGAUUCUUUCUCUUGCAGUAUAUACUAAGCACCGCAGCUGCGCCAUGUUGUUGAUGAGAGGCUGGUAUUAAGAGCCUAUCCCGAAUAAAAAAAACCGGAGUUAAUCCCAAAGAUUCAGUAAAAAGGACCCCCCCUGCCUUCUGCAACCAUCGCGUCCUUAUCUUUCGGUGAGAUGGCGGAGCAAACGUUUUCCUGGGCGUAUUCCCUGGUAGACUCCAGCCAGGUCUCCACCUUCCUCAUCUCCAUUCUCCUCAUAGUCUACGGCAGCUUUAGGUCCUUAAACAUGGACUUGGAGAACCAGGACAAGGACAAGGAUGGGAAUGUCAUGUCGCAGGGAACGUUUAAUGCCAACGCCAGCAACAACACGGUGUGUUGUGUUCCAGGUAUUCAGACUAUCGACUCGACCCAGGCGCUGUUCCUGCCCAUCGGAGCCUCCGUCUCCCUGCUCGUCAUGUUCUUUUUCUUCGACUCCGUACAGGUGGUCUUCACGAUCUGCACGGCAGUUCUCGCAACGAUAGCCUUUGCCUUCCUGCUCCUACCGAUGUGCCAGUAUCUAACAAGACCCUGCUCCCCUCAGAACAAAAUCUCCUUCGGCUGCUGUGGUAGGUUCACUGCUGCGGAGCUGCUCUCCUUCUCCCUGUCUGUGAUGCUGGUCCUCAUCUGGGUGCUGACCGGGCACUGGCUGCUGAUGGACGCUCUGGCCAUGGGCCUGUGUGUCGCCAUGAUCGCCUUCGUCCGGCUGCCAAGCCUGAAGGUCUCCUGCUUGUUGCUGUCCGGCCUGCUGAUCUACGAUGUGUUCUGGGUCUUCUUCUCAGCCUACAUCUUCAGCAGCAACGUGAUGGUGAAAGUGGCCACGCAGCCUGCAGACAACCCCCUGGACGUGCUGUCCCGAAAACUGCACCUGGGCCCCAACGUGGGCCGGGACAUCCCGCGGCUAUCGCUGCCUGGCAAGCUAGUCUUCCCUAGCUCCAGUGGAAGCCACUUCUCCAUGCUGGGGAUCGGAGACAUUGUGAUGCCGGGGCUGCUGCUCUGCUUCGUGCUGCGUUACGACAACUACAAGAAGCAGGCCAACGGGGAGGCGCCCGGCACCCCCAACACCCCGGGGCGCAUGAACAAGGUCUCCUACUUCCACUGCACGCUCAUCGGAUACUUCGUGGGUCUGCUGACGGCGACGGUUGCCUCCCGGAUUCACCGCGCGGCUCAGCCUGCUCUCCUGUACCUCGUUCCCUUCACCCUGCUGCCUCUGCUGACCAUGGCCUACCUGAAGGGGGACUUGCGGCGCAUGUGGUCGGAGCCCUUCCACUCCAAGGCGGGCAGCUCUCGCUUCCUGGAGGUAUGAUGGGGCCCCGUGGCCCGCGAGCCAGCCAGCGUGUGCAUGGACUGGUGCAGAGAAGCUACUGGGUGCCCAAGGGUUUGUGUCUUGUGGUUUUGUUUUCUCAUCUCGCCCAAACCGGUGCUUUUUUUUAAGGCAUUAAAGAAAUAGGAAUUACUUUUACGACGACGAGAAGGAAAGACAAGGAAGGAAGGAAGGAAAGAGGACCCUGUGGGCGGUUUUAUUCCAUUCCGUUUUCUUGUUAAGGAACUCAAUCCCUGUGCGGUUUACAAACAAACCCCAUUCCCACUCUCUGGACUAGCCAUGGUGUCCGAGCCCAGCCAUGGAAACUUCACACUGCAGACCACCACCACCUUUAUAAUUAUUAUUGUUAUUGUUAUUGCUGUUAUUGUUACAUUUUCUUUC